UAAACAAUUGACACGAUAAAAAUAAUAAUAAAACGCAACUUAAAAACCCUGACGUCGCUCGUUCCAAGGCAUAAAAUUCAAGACUCGGAAUUCAAUUUCACGGCAUAAUCAGAAACAAUAUAAAGAAAUUUUCUUCAAAAUGAACAGCACGACAUUUGUAUUCGCUAUUGUUCUCCUAGCUAUAGGUAUGCAAGAAUCCUUUCAGCAAGUUUGUUCUGACAGAUUUUGUAAUAAUACAAACCCAGACAGCAUUGGCUGUGCAGGUUGUUGUGUAGGAUCUGGCUGUAAUGGCCUAGCUGGUUAUUGCGAAAAUUCUAAAUGUUAUUGCAACGGAUGCGAAGUUAAGAAAAGUAAUUAUAAAGUAUCAACUUCAAGAGGAGGAUUUGGUUCUGCUUUCAGCUCUGCGAGAAGUUCGAUAAGCGGUAAAAUUGGUACUGUUUCGGGCUUUUCGAGAAGUCGGAUUGAUAUACUCUUCAGAAUGAAUAGCACGGUAUUUGUAUUCGCUUUUGUUCUCCUAGCUACAGGUAUUCAAGAAUCAUUUCAGCAAACUUGUUCUAACAGAUUUUGUAAAGCACGCCCAAACAGCAUUGCAUGUGAAGGUUGUUGUGUAGGAUUAAGGUGUAACGGCGCGGCUGGUUACUGCGAAAAUUCUAAAUGUUAUUGCAAUGGAUGCGAAAUAAGAGCUCCAAUGGUUGGUACUUCUGGAACAGGAACGAUAGAACGGACAGAUCGAGUAGAGCAGUAAUACAAAAAGGCCAUAAAUAUAUAAAUUACUAAAUGAUAAAAAUUGUAAUGUUUCCUUGCCAGAUAAUUGCAUUAAAAAACUUUAAUUGAAUAA